UCCUCACAGGUGCAGCUGUUCUCUCUUCUGCCCUCUCUUCCCCAUCCCUCAGAAUAGCUCUUCGUGUUUGUCCAAGUCGACAAAGAGGCUGGACACUUAUACACACGCACACUCAUAUACACAUCCAACCAACUGCUAGUCAGCUGCCACCAUUCGCUGUAGACCGGCAGCCCUGCGUGACUGAAACCGCCCAGUCUUGGAUUUCCUCGAGGGAGAUCGCGGAUAUCGUCACUGCCAACCAUGUCUCUGGCCGGCCAGACCAUCCCCGUUAGGGAGUCGGCACAUUCCACCCGCGGAGAGGUUGUUGCUUCCUCCACAGCAGACCAGCAACAGUCGCAAAGGACAUCUUAUAGAGAUUCGCUCCCCAACGCACCACGACCUCCUGUUUACGACGACGCCUUCAACGAGAACGAGACAGCCAAGAUGUACGGCGAAUAUUACGAAGCAAUGACGACGGGUCCGUCCCCCAAGAAGAACCAACACACGCCGCAACAACACCAGCAAGCACCUGCCUUGCCGGCCAAGAGCUCACUGCGAGCUUCGAGGCUCCUCGAUGGCAUGGCUCUCAAGAUUGUCACAAACCAACCCACACAGGCCGCCCCCCAAGAGAUCUACCUCUCCUCAGAAGAGGAGGCUUCUUCCUCGGCCGAUGAGUUUUCAGACUAUGACUACGAAUCGGAGAGCGCCGAGUCGGCAGACUCGCCCGUCCGGAAGAGCCACGAAGACAUGGCACGCGUUGUGUCGGUCGUCUAUGCCGGGAAGCCUUCCAUCAUCGACCUCCCCUCUACCAGAAGGUCGGCCACUCCCGAGUCGAUGGAGUCCCGGCCUCUGAGUCGCCUGGUCACGUCGGCAACGGAACCCUCGUUGCGGAGGAUGUCGACCUCGUCCACCAGCGGUGCAUCCUUCUCCCCCGUCUACCACCCGCCCCGGUCCAGCAGCAUGAUGAUUACCAGCAGCAUGCUCCCCAAGGAGAAGCCGGCGUUCCUGAGCAUCGACCCUUAUGCCAGCAAGGCCUAUGACGAGCGGGCGGAGGAGCCUCAGGCGGAAGUUGAGCGGUCCGAGAGGCCCAAGACGCCUACCUCGCAGCUUUUCAAGAGGACGCUGAGCAUCGUGCGCAAGCGCAGCCGGCCGCAGCUCAGAGACCUCGCCGCCAACAACUCUUCGCGAGACCGUCUCUCCUCGCCAUCCCUGGGCCACCUGCCACUGUCGGCCAACUCAGACACGAGAGAAGAGUUGGAGAAGACACCCAGCAGCCCCUGGUCCGCCGUCAGUUACCACGACAUCAUGCGGGCGGCCAAGAAGAACUCGCAGAACCAGCCCGCUACCCCGUCGACUCCCGUUGCGCAAUCGCCCAGCUCACCGGCGGGCAACACGAGGAGUCGGAUCCUUAGCGGCCUCACCAACCGGAGGAAGAGCAUCAAGAUCGGCUAGUCGCUGAACAGCAACCAAACAAAAAACAAUACGCAGAAAACCAACAAAAACAAACGACCGACGCAUGGCGGGACUCUGUGCUUGAAACACACUUUUGCAUUCGGACUGGGAAUUUGCUUUGCAUGCACGGCGCACCAACGGAGACCGGAAUUACUGGAUCAUGGCGUUUCACACUUGACCCUCAGGUCACGGGCGGCAAUGACUGUCGCAGGUUCGGCCAACACUCCUUUCCUCACAAUUUUCUUAAUUUCCUUUGGCGACAAGGCCGGGGCCUUUCUUAACGACAUGACGAAUUUCUUUUGAGUGUACAGACGGAUCGAGUAAUGUGUAUCUGUAAAGCGGUGGCGGACGCAACCGGGCCAAGACGAAAGGCGGCUGCGCACAAUGGAUUGUAUUGUGGUGGCAUGUACCAAAAAAAGGGACGGCGCUCUUGGAAAAGACGGCCAAUCCGGCUCCCGCGAGACAUUGGGAGGCGCGGAGCUAGUUAGACAUCAAAUCAAAGAUACCAACAAGUUCAAUUUGCU